CGAGUCCUGCGAUACGUCAACUCCUGUAGCAAGAGGGGCGAAGCACGACAGAGAUGUCGGGAAGCCCACUACUGAGGAGGGCGCAGGUGUACACUGCACCGUGGCUAGGAGGCGCCGCGGGGAUGAGAGGCGUCGGGGGGGAACUGAGCACGACGUUGACGGGAAAGGUCAGCGUAGUGGUGGUCGAGGGCGGUGGUAUAAGGGCACCGCGAGGAGGUAUGAUCGUCCAAGCGGCAGCGCAAACACCUACGUCGGUCCAAAAUAGCCGCGCGCUCCUCAGCGGAAAGAACACCGCGAGGAGGGACAAAGCCUUGAGGGAGGUCCUGCUGAGGGACCUCUGGGGGCGACGCGCCAGCGUGACCAGGGCGGCUGCAUGCCUGGAAAAGGGUGGAGAGGAUGAGCUGGAGGCGCUCAGCCAUAGGGAGAGUAGGGUCCUCCACGUGGUGGUGGACGGCCUUGCCAAGGUCGAGGUCGGCGCUAUGGUCACCCUCUGGGGACGACGAGGCACCAGCGUCCUGCGCCCCAUACUCGAGCGUGCUGAAGCGGCGAGAGAAGUGGCGGCCCUGCUGCGUGGGACGGCGGGGGCGACCACGGAAAGGGGAACGGCGCUGGGAACUGUCGUGAGAGGAGGAGGAGGCGUAACCUGUGCGCUGAGGCUGAGAGGAGGAGGCGAGGUGAAGACGGGUUCGCAUCCGUUCAUGGUUCCUGGCGGCCUCGUAAGCCUGCGGGGCUGAUGUGAACUUGUACCGCCAUAGCUCGGAGCGGUACUCGAGCGGGAAGCUGGCCAAGAAACAAUCGA